AUGGUUCGCGUUACAGAAGAGCUGGCCCUGUCGUCAGAUAGUGUCACUCUUUACCACGCCGCUGAUCCUCUACUCGGUCAUCUUCCUCUGCUACUUUUCCACGGACCCUCGACCACAGCAAACUAUACCCUCAACAGCUCCCGAGUACAGGUCCACGUUUUUACGCCUGCCGGCUUCCAGAGUUUUCCCCGAAUAACAAUAUCGCCCAAUUCCCCAUUCUACAGCGUCGUCCACCACCUACCCCGCGAGUUUCAGGGAGAUGAGGUCUACCGCGCCCUCGCCUUCGGCCUCUUCAAAUACUUUACAGAACUACCCGAUUGCGUUAAACUAUAUCUCAAGAACCUAUAUCCCACACGAGGUCGACGUCCUGGCAGUGCACCAACCCUGUUCAGCGAACAACAUGCUGCCGAUAUUGUCAAGGACAUGGUCCAGAGCGACCACACAGCCGACAUCAUCGAGACUCUGCAAGACGCUUUGCAGACACAACACAUUAGCCACGUCGAUCUCGACUUCGUUCUUCCACCGGGCGCUAUUGUGCCGUUACAAUCAGUCGACCUCGAAGAUGUACCAGACGACGAAGAUGAUAUCCUAGAUCCAACGUUACGACAAUAUGGAGGAUACACACCUCUGAUAAAAUUAUUCGGGGAACCAGUAUUCCUACCCACUAGCCGUCUACGAAGAGCACCGUCGAAACCGACUGCCUUGAACCGGAGCAAAUCAUUCCUCAAGGAUCAGAAGAUGGAGUUGCGUAUGAAACUGACAGAACUGGUCGAGACGGAGGAACGAUAUGUGGCUAAAGUAAGGGAGCUGGUGACAAAUGUCGCGGCCGACUUUCGCGAGGGCGCUCAAGCUCGAGCACCUGGUAGUUUGAGUCCUUCCGAAGAGGAGUUGGAGAAACUGUUUCCCAAUUCAGCAGACGGUAUUCUGCAGGUCAACUCAGCCUUUAUGGAGGAAAUGCGGAGAAUUCUCGACGAGACCGAGGAGGAAGCCUUACGAGAUAUGGAGACACCCACGAUGAACUUCAUGGGUUCCAAAGUUGGUCGUACAAGAGAUCCAAGUGGUGCCUUGGCCAUCGCCAGGUUAUUCUUGGAAUGGUUCCCCAAGUUUACAGAGUGCUACCAGGAUUACAUUAAAGCUAGCCAGCACUUUCCCACGCUACUCAACUCCUUCCUCGAUCAACAGUCGAGCUUUAGGCAGAGAGUGGCUCAAGCUGGCGAACAGGCGAUCCGCUCCAUUCUUAUCGAGCCCGUGCAAAGGCUUCCCCGCUACAGUUUACUUAUUGACCAAAUUGUGGGAUGUAUACCCAUGACACAUCCAGCUCUGCAGCCCAUGCUCAAAGCGAGAGAUAUUAUCACCAACAUUUGCUCAAUGGACGAACCAUUACCUGACAAGCCUCAUGUUACCAACCGACUUCGAAAUAUGGUUGAAGCUUGGCCAUUGAACUUGGAACCGCAAGGACGUCUCAUCGCAACAGCUGACUUCACUGAACUGGCACCUCCUUUCCAGCCUUUGCUCAACCAGUCAGAUAGAUCCGGUAUUUUCCUCCUCUUCUCAGACUGCGUGGUUAUUCUCAAGAAGAUGAGUGGAAACAUGACAGGGCGAGACCUCUUACGUGAGAUUGAGAAACCCUCUGCGGCCGGUUUGCUCAUCUCCAUGACCAAUGCUGCAGGUGGUCCAGCCGCGUAUGAAUUUGUUUUCACUGGGUGGCAUGACUUGGCCGAGGUUCGAUUUACCGAGGCGGAUGAUGGCACACUAUUCUGGAUGACUUCGACGGAGGAGAUGAGAGGUGCACAUCCAGGCGAGCACCGAAUUAGCAAAGCGGUCACGUCGCGAUGUUUCCUCCUACAAGAGACAUAUGAAGCAAGAGCCGCUAAAUGGGGAGAGGAUGUGGUAAAGGCGAGAAUCGAAGCUCGAUUUUCUGAAAAAGAGCGAGAGGAUCCUACCUGGACUUUACGGUCAGCGCGCAUGCCAGAUAGCAACCUCGGACUUCACGCAGCCAUUUUCCAGGAAGGUGCCGACCAGCUUAUCGAGGGCCGCAAGGAGCCUGCCCCGAUUCGAGUGGUUGUCGAUCAUGAUAUGGGCACCAAAGGAGCGCCCGUGGGCCAUUACGGGGUUGAGAUUGUUGUCAAUGUGUCAACCAACGACAUGAAGCGGGUAUCAAUGCUCACGGUUGGAUUGAACGGGAGGCAAUUCCAGGAUGAUGUUGCCCUGGAAGAUGUCCUCCCUACAAUGUCACGGCGAGUGAUCCAACUACUGAGCACACAGCACAGUGUUUCCAAUAUGCAAUUGACAGCACCUCUCGUCUCUUAUUACUCCAAGACACUUCAUGGUCUUUUACUCAAUACCAGAGCAGAGAAGACCAGGUCUUUCCUCGCUUCAUCCCCUGUGAAACUUCUUUCCAGUUUCUGGGGCGGUAGCUCGGUUCAUAUUUCGGACACAGCGAGCGUCAGCUCAAAACACAAGCAGGUGCCUUCUAUACACCGAAACAACAGCCAGGCAUCUGUUGUCAGCUCAAUAAAGGGAGGCAAGGAUGGCGUUUCUCAAGAGGAAACCCGUACCGAUAACCCGUUAGUACGACUGGAGCAAACGUUCACUAGUUAUGUCGCUGCCCUACAGAAUCGCAAGGGUCUGAUUAUUGGUCGUACAUUGCUGCAGCGCUCAGUGGUAGACGAACUAACAGUCAACGAACUUUAUAAUAGGCUCAUCGAGAUCCCUUACGAUUUUGAUGCCACCGCUGACCUAGGCACAGAGGUCAUUUUUGUUGCUUUUGAAAAGUUUCUUCGAAUCGCGUGGGCCGACCAAAUAAGCCCGGUCAUGUCUAUGAAAUCCCUGGAUACUCUGCAAGCACGCGUUAACAAGAGAGUGCCUGGCGACUUUGCAGAUUUUGUCAACUUCUUGUUUGGCGACAUGGCCCCACAGAAUCGCCGCGCGUUCACGUCUCUCAUCAAGCUCUUGGCCGAUUUGCUGGACGGGUGCGGCAAUGAUGGCGACAGAGGAGCAUUGACACUCGCUUUUGCAGAGUUGCUCGUAUAUGACGGAACAGCAGCAAAUUAUAUUAAUCUACUUGAUCGUCUUGUGGAAGACUGCGAUCGGAUAUUUGAAGAGCCCAGCUUGAACCACAGUUUUGGACUGGACAGCUCAACUUAUGAGUCAAUCAACUCCGCCAUCCGCGGCAAAGGAUACACCCCUUCGCUAGCAUCAAACACGUCAUCACUGCGUCGCAAGUUUGGUUUCGAUACCCUAUUACGACAAAACAGCAAAGACGAUCGAUCAUCAGUCUGGCGACAACUCAGCCGUUCGAGGUCUAUCGAUGAUAACACACUGCCCAAAAAGCUGGCGCGAAGGCCCGGUUCUAGGGAUCGUCCACCCAUAGCAGGGGCGUUUGACGAAGGACAGAGACCAGGAAGCUCCCACCGGUUAUUGGAAACAAUAGGAGAGCCAGAGACGGAGCGCCCACCGACGCGGUCGUCAACCAAGAAGAAGCGUCGCAGCUCCCUGUCGGAUCUAAAGAACUACAUGGAAGCGGUAACUCUCGACGAUGACGAAUCACCGCAACCACUUCAAGACGCAAAGGAGACAUCGGAGAAGCUCAACGCAAGCCCCAAGACAGGGUCGUCUAGAAUACCAGUUAGUCCCGGUGUGGCCCAGACGAUGCGAGUAUCAAGGCAGAAAGAAAAUGUCUUGGAUAUGCUUCAGCCUAGUCUACUUGACCCAAGUCCCUUGGAUCCUUCUGAUGAGACAAUGCGUCGACCCGCGCCACUAAAGACCCACAGGCAUUCCAAGACAUUAUCCUCAAGCAACAUACCGACGUUGCGCCCAUACCGCUCUGCACCUCCAGGGGCUGACUCACCCCCUCGUCCAAACUCAAGCCCGUCUAGACGUGGAACUCAGAGACUCCGCUUACAAUCUCCGCAAAAGCUUCGAGAACGACUAAAUACGGAGAAACAGGCUGUUGAUGACGUGGAUGCUUCUCUCAAAUCCGAACUGUUUAAAAUCGGUGAAGAAAUGGCACGUCUCAGCGAUGCUCAGUCUCCGGGAUCACAAUCUGUUGAUAUGCGACAAGUGACUGCUGCUGUCCGACAGUUGGAGGACCGAGUUCCUGCCGCCAUCCAGGAGAUACAAGAGAAACACACGGCGAUCCAGCACGACAUGGAAACUACGGUCAAAGCAGCUGAAGCCAAGGUCCGAGCUAUCGAUCAACUAUACAAAGAGGCAGUAGCAGAGAACGAAUUACUGUACGAGAAAUUCAAUGGAGAGCUCGGCAAAAUUGUCAAGGCUCUCAAGGGCAAAGGCAAAGAGGAAAAGGAAGAACUGAUGGUUCGGCUGCGCGAUCAAAGCGACGAGACAGCACGAAUGAAGAAGGAAAACGCGCGACUCAAGCGCGAGAUGGUUAGUCUGCGCGCGGCAUUGAAGGGGACGACGGAGUAG